AUGAAUGACUCUUCAUCUUCUUGUGUUACACAUGAAUGUGUAAUUUCUUUAGAAGAUGAAGAAAAAGAAGAAGAGAUGAAGAGGGAAAAACGCGAAGAGUUGAUUCAAUAUUAUAUAAAACGAAACGAAGAGAAAAAAGAAGCAGAGUUGAUUGGAAAAGUGAAGGAAAAAAGAAAGAAUGAGGUUUGUGUUGAUGCUAUUGAACACUUAUAUUACCUUAUUCCUUGUAGGAAGAGAAGCAAAAUACAUAGAGAGUCGAGGUACAAAUUUCGUGAAGAGAAUGAAUUUAGUGAUACAGUUCAAGAUUUCGAGGUUCCAAUAAUCCCAAAGAUUGAAUCUUUGAGUAUGAUCACCACAGAGCCAAUCGAAAAAAUUCAAGAUUUCGAGGUUGCAGUAAUCCCAUCUUUGAGUGUGAUCACAGAGCCAAUUGAAAAAAUUCAAGAUUUCGAGGUUCCAGUAAUCCCAAAGAUUGAAUCUUUGAGUGUGAUCACCACAGAGCCAAUUGAGAAAGUUGAAGAAAAAGCCGAGAAAAUCAAGAAAAUGCUUCAGUUCAAAAGGCGAAACAGAGUUUCACAAUCUGUUCUGCCAGAGGAGUUGAAGAAGAAGAUUCAAGAAUUAGGGGUUUCGAUAUCUCAAGUGUCGUUAGUGAUUGAGAAGCCACUUUAUAGUACUGAUUUAAGUGAGAAACACAUGCGUUUAUCGAUACCAGUGAAGCAAGUUGUUAAUCCUGAUGAAUUCUUGAAUGCACAAGAGAAGGAGAUUUUGGAUACAAGAGAUAGUUGCAACAGAAUGUCGAAGAUAAAGUUCAAUUUGAUUGAGCCAUCACUUGAAGUAUGCAACAUUUAUUUGGCUAAGUGGUCAAUGAAUUCAAGUUCUAGUUAUGUGUUGUUGAAUGACUGGAUGUCAGUGCACCAGAGAAAUGGUCUCAAGGCAGAUGCGGCGUCUAAUGAGGUUUAUGGACAAGUCUCACUAGUUCCUGACAAUCAGAGUGAAAAAGGGGUUGAGGUUGGGGUAAAGAUGAUGGACAAUCUAGUGGGGGUGGAGGAGCGGUUGGGGUUGGGAUGGAUGGAGUGGAGAAGACGCCUGGGUUGCUUGGGUGAAGAAGACAAGGAGAAACCUCUAGAGCCUUUGGAUCUCAUUACAAAGGAUGUAGAUGAGCUGCGGAAAAUAAUAAAAGAGAAGAAGGAGAAGGUUCAGAAAGAUAAACCUAGGCAGAAGGAUAAGGCGAAUGCUGACCACAAACGAGAACCUACAAGAGAAAGGGAGAUGGAGAAACAACAGAAAGAAAAAGAGCGUGAACAAGACAGAGAAAGGAAUGAUGUAAUGGUUUUGGAAGGACAUACAUCUGAGUCCAAAAGGGUCACUGGGUCUGGAGACGCUACUGCUAGAAUUUGGACUAUUGGAGAUGGUCCAUGUAAUUCAAAUAUCCCAAAUGUUUUGGUUUUGAACCAUUUGGAAAGUCAAGCAACUGAGGAAAACAAGGGUGUUACGUCUCUUGACUGGAAUAGCGAGGGCACCCUGCUUGCGACUGGUUCUUACGAUGGCCAAGUCAGAAUCUGGAAACGAUCUGGGGUAUUGAUUAGUACUCUUAACAAACAUAAAGGGCCAAUCAUAUCUUUGAAGUGGAACAAGAAAGGUGAUUAUCUCCUUAGCGAUAGUAUUGAUACCACUGUCGUUGUUUGGAAUGUGAAGUUUGGAGAAUCGAAGCAGCAAUUUGAUUUUCAUUCAGGUCCAUUGCUUGAUGUUGCUUGGCGAAACAAUGAUUCUUUUGCGAGCAGCUCCGCUGAUAACAUGAUAUAUGUUUGUAAAGUUGGAGAGAACAAACCAGUCAAAACGUUCUCAGGACAUCAGAAUGAAAUCAAUGCUAUCAAGUGGGACCCCUCAGGUUCCUUGCUGGCUUCAUGCUCUGAUGAUACCACAGUUAAGAUAUGGAGCAUGAAACAGGAUGUCUGCUUGCAUGAUUUCAGAGAACAUCGCAAAGAGAUACAUACCAUCAAAUGGAGUCCAAGUGGCGCUGGUACAAGCAAUCUGAAUAAUCAGUUGUUGCUGGCAAGUGCUUCAUUUGACUCUACCGUGAAGCUAUGGGAUGUUGAACUAAAACGUCUUCUUCACAGCUUAAACGGUCACAGGGAACCUGUUUACUCUAUUGCAUUUAGUCCGAACGGUGAGUACUUGGCAAGUGGCUCAUUGGAUAAAUGCAUGAAUAUAUGGUCAAUGAAGGAGGCCAAGAUUGUAAAAACUUACAAUGGUGAUGGCUGCAUUUUUGAAGUGUGUUGGAACAAGGAAGGCAACAAGGUUGCAGCUUGUUUCGCAAACAAGAAGGUCUGUGUGUAUGAUAUGCGAUUGUAGAUGUUGAGGAAUAGCUUUAAAAGGACUUGGGAACUUAAAAUUUUCAUUUUAGUUAAUAUAUGCGCUUAUUUGGACAUAUGAUGUAAGACUUUGUUUGGUAUCAUGCUUUCUUUCAUUGAUUUAUCAAUCAUAUAGAGGUUCUU